UGGAGUGGCUUAGUGAAGAAGAGGCGGGAACUGUAGCCCUAAUGUCUUUAGAGUUAUCACUCUGGGGUUUGGAGUAAUGAGUUAAUAGUAAAGUGCUCCUAAGCAAAGGAUAAAACUGGUUUCCCGAUGAAUAACGUGACACGCUAAACAGAAACGGGUAUUUUUAAGUUCCAGCUCAGAAGGUAUUUGUGAGCAGUGAUUCAUUAAAAAGAAUACCACGUUUCUGGGAACGACCAACCCAGUUUCUCAGCAUACUUUGAAUACAUCUCAUUCUUCAGGGCUGGUCUAGGAAAAGUUGAUUUCAUUCACAAAGGUUAGAUAAUCAUGCAGUGUGGGUGGAGGGGUUAAAACUUCAGCGAUUGCCUCAUCUGCAAUAGAGUUACAGCAGCAAAUCCACCUCCUGGCUUGUGUGUUUCAAUCUUUUCUGGUGCUGGAAGAACAAAGAAGGUUCUGAGGAUUAACGUUUCCCCCAAAUCAGAACAGUGCCUGAAGCAGGUCCACCAUGCCGUUAGUAACGAGGAACAUUGAGCCAAGGCACCUGUGCCGUCAGACGUUGCCUAGCGUUCGGAGCGAGCUGGAAUGCAUGACCAACAUCACCCUGGCAAAUGUCAUUCGACAGCUGGGCAGCCUGAGUAAAUUUGCAGAAGACAUAUUUGGAGAGUUGUUUACUCAAGCCAACACCUUUGCCUCUCGGGUGAGCAUUCUAGUCGAGAGAGUUGACCGCUUGCAAGUCAAAGUCACUCAGCUGGAUCCCAAAGAGGAGGAAGUCUCCCUGCAAGGCAUUAACACCAGGAAGGCCUUCAAAAGCUCCACUACUCAGGACCAGAAGCUCUUUGACAGGGAUUCUCUCCCUGUGCCUGUCCUUGAAACCUAUAGGACCUGCAGUACUCCUCCACCUCUCAACAUCCUCUCACCUUACAGGGACGAUGGCAAGGAGGCGCUUAAAUUCUACACUGAUCCUUCCUAUUUCUUCGACCUUUGGAAAGAGAAAAUGCUUCAGGACACGAAGGAUAUUAUGAAAGAGAAGCGGAAACAUAGGAAAGAGAAAAAGGAGAAUCCGAACCGAGGGAAUGUGAAUCCACGAAAAAUCAAAACCCGGAAAGAAGAGUGGGAGAAGCUGAAAAUGGGACAAGAAUUUGUUGAGUCAAAGGACAAACAUGGUCCUGCUGGGUACCCCUCUAACAUGGUGUAUCAGAACGGCAGCAUCGGUUCCAACGAAAGCAUGGACGUGAACUGCUACCCGCCACCGCCGCAGACUGACUCUAUUGUGCCACCACCUCCUUCAUUCCCAGAUGACAGCCUGCCUCCACCCCCGGUGGAAUUUAGCUAUCCUAUAGACAGCCAAAGAGGUUCUGGUUCUGGAGGGACCAAACGAUCCAGCCUGGUCAGCCCCAGUCACCCACCACCAGCUCCUCCCAUUGGAUCCCCCUCAACCACCAGGCCGGGCUUUGCUCCCCCUCCGGCGCCACCGCCGCCACCACCACUGAUGGGCAACGCGCCCCCUCCACCACCUCCCAUGGGAUUCCCGUCACCAGGAACACCACCCCCCCCCUCACCCCCUUCUUUCCCUCCUCACCCCGAGUUUGCUGCCCCGCCACCACCAUCUCCCCCUCCUGCAGUCGAGUAUGCCAGCGUGCUCCCGCCUCCGCUGCCGCAGGCGGGCAGUGGGAGUGCGCCGCCUCCCCCUCCACCACCACCGCCUCCUGGCCCACCCCCUCUGUCUUCUGGGGGCCUGGAUGGCCCCCCACCUCCCCCUCCACCCUCAGACACCUCCACCUCCAAGCCCAAGUCAUCCUUGCCUGCGGUUAGUGAUGCCAGGAGUGAUCUGCUUUCAGCUAUUCGCCAGGGCUUCCAGCUUCGCAAGGUGGAGGAGCAGCGGGAGCAGGAGAAGCGGGACGUUGUGGGCAAUGAUGUGGCCACGAUCCUGUCGCGCCGCAUCGCUGUGGAGUACAGCGACUCUGAGGACGACUCUUCCGAGUUCGAUGAGGACGAAUGGUCGGAUUAACCAGAGCCCACUCCCCUCCUUCCCCUUCUCUCCUGAGCUAACCUCUUCUUAAAGAAUCAGGUGGCCAAGCCUUCCACCACUGCCCUUCUCAACCUGUAACCAAAGAUGUGCCAUGGGUUUCGAGAACCAGCAGCAUAUCUCCCCUCUCCCUCCCCCUCCGGCUUUGGCAGUGCUUUGUGCUCUGCCUUUUCCAAAGGUCUCCUCAUCGACACUGCCACGGUGGUGUUGGGAUUUAGCUGGAGGGGGUGUAACGGUUGCUUAUUUAAAAGAGAGCUAAACCUCCAGCUUCUCAAUGCCACCAGGCAGAGCGCAUCUAAACCCUCCAUCCAGAGGGAUUUUGAAAGUAAAGAUGGAUGAUCCUGGUGCGGCCGGAUGGCCUUUCAGAUGAAGGACAUUUUCAGCUAGUUUUCUCAUGGCAACAGCAGAUCUGAUGGCUCUCCCUUUCCAGUGAACACUGGUAGUGCUGCAAGAAAAUGGGCUUGAAAUGUCAGUUCUCUGCUGCAUCCCACUGUCGAAUCAUCAGGUUUUGGCAAUAGCACAUAAUUCUUUCCCUUCUGACCCCCUAGUAUUAAUUCCAGACUGCCCUGCUUGGGAUGUGCUUCCUGGCUCCAGGGCUGUGGAGCACUUUGCGUGCAAUGUGAGGAGGGAGUUCUUUAUUGGCAAAAGCUGCCUUUACCUUC